UUCACAUAACUCUAAUUCAAAGUUAUUGAAGGUGAUGGAAGCACUUUGAAUUAAUCACAUGCAGUCUAAACUGUGUGUACAAAAAACAAUAGACUUCAAUCUUCGCCUACCAUGGACAACAUGACCUAUCUAAAUAUUAUUGGUCAUUAAUAUGUACUUUUGUUUUUUAUUUAACUGAGUAAUUGUCAUGAUUUUUAUUUUAUUACUGUUAACCAUGUUAGUUGUAAAGCGGUUGUAAAGGAACUACGAAAUGAUAUCAUCUCGUGAAAUUUGUCUUCUUAAUGCCAUAUUCAAAUGUAUACAUAUGUAAAAUAUUAAGAGGUGUGGUUGCUAAUAUAAUUAUUUCCAGAGUGACUUAUACCAACACAACUUAGUGAAUAUUAUAGAGAAUAGAAAUCGACUACUACGCUACAUUUUGCUUAAUAAUAAAAACUCUUAUUUCUGUAAAAUUUUAUGCCAAGAGUUUGCGGAAACUAUCACAAUUAUUAACCUUUCGAACACUGAAUCCAAAAAAUACAAUCUUAUUGACAGAUAAUACAUAUAACUAACUAAUUGGAUUUGUGGAAUUUUUAAACAUAAACACAUCUAUAAUUGUAUAUAUUGUUGGAUUUAUAUGUUCAAGUUGCUCCAAGUCAGUGAGUUUAUGGUUAAGAUAUCAUUUUAGUUAACUGUGCUGAACUAUAUUGCAUGUUGUCCUAUUGUAUAGUUGUCGUCGCUUUUUGCCCUUUUUUCUGUGAACUGUUUCCUUUGUUGAUGUUGUUCUCAUUGUUUGUCCGUUAUUUUCUGAUUUUGAGGGGAGCAACCCAAAAAGUCGCUUCUCUCUAAACUUUAACUUAAUGUAAUCAUUCCUUUCUCAGGCGUGAGGCUAGCAACCCCACCCUGUAAACAAAGUUGCUACAGAACCUGCAACAAAAUGAACCUCUUUGCACCAAAAGAAAAAGUCUGUGUGGGAACAUGGAACGUCCGAACUAUGUACGAGACAGGGAAAGCUGCCCAGAUCGCCAACGAGAUGAAAAGAUACGGAAUACAAGUGCUAGGAAUAUGUGAAAGCAGAUGGAAUGGGAGUGGACUCACCAAAUUGUCAACGGGUGAGUCAGUGAUCUACUCCGGUCACCCAGAAGAUAACCACACGCACACCGAGGGCGUGGCUAUCAUGAUGUCACCAACGGCAACGAAAGCCCUGAUACAAUGGGAGGCGAUUUCGUCCAGGAUAAUGACCGCCAGAUUCAACUCCAAAGGAAGGAAAGUGUCAAUCAUACAAUGUUAUGCACCCACAAACAACGCAGACCUCGAGAAGAAAGAAGAAUUCUACAGGCAACUACAGGCAACAAUGGACAAUACUCCAGCUGGCGACAUGAAAAUACUAAUGGGAGACAUGAACGCCAAACUGGGACCAGACAACACAGGAAGGGAACUCAUCAUGGGUAGAGAAGCUCAAGGAGAAAUGAAUGAAAACGGAGAACUCUUCGCCGACUUCUGCGCCUUCAACGAACUAGUGAUUGGUGGCAGUGUAUACAAGCACAAAGAUAUCCACAAGGCUACAUGGGUGUCACCAGACGGGCAAACCAAAAACCAAAUCGACUUCAUCUCAAUCUCAAGGAAGUGGAGGCGCAGCCUACUGGACACAAAAGCAAGAAGAGGAGCAGACGUUGGCUCAGACCACUAUCUCGUACAAGGGACAAUCCAAAUCAAAUUAAAAGCUUUCAGGGAAUCAGGAGCUGCAGAUAGACCACAAGCCAAGUUCAACACUCAAAAGCUGAAGGACCAGGCUACAAAGGACAUCUUCAUUGCAAGCAUAAAGGACAAAGCUGAGAUACAAAUCAACACCAGCGAAAAGGUCAGCGUCGAAAAGCACUGGAACAACUUGAAAACGCUGUGGAGCCAAACCUGCAUAGAAAUUCUAGGCAGAAAAAAGAGACAGGACAAACAGUGGCUCACUACGGACACUUGGAAACUAAUAGAAGAGAGAAGGACAGUGAAACAAAAGAUUAUCCAGUGCACUGAUGAGCAACAAAAACAGGAGCUGAAUGCAAGCUACAAUACACUGAACAAAAGAGUGAAGAAGAGUGCCAGGGAAGACAAAAGAAAAUAUUAUGAAACCAUGGCAAACGAAGCAGAACAAGCUGCAGGCAAAGGAGACCUCGCCACACUCUACCAAACAACUAGGAACCUUUCGGGCAAACGUUCGACACAGAUUAAGCCAAUAAAGGAUGACAAUGGAAAGUCAAUCACCAAAGAGGUGGAACAGAGAAAGCACUGGGCUGAACACUUCAAAAGACUUCUAAAUCGCCCGCCACCUACAACGCGCCCAACAAUACCAACAACGGAAGCAGAACUACCAGUGAACACUGACCCCCCGACGAAAUCAGAAGUCCUGAAUGGAAUCAAGAUGCUUAAAGCUGGGAAAACACCGGGACCAGAUGGAAUCCCAGCAGAAGCUUUGAAAAUAGACCCAGAGACAACAGCGGACUUGAUGACACUGUUACGAAGGUGAUUGAGUCUUAGAACGAUGAGUGAUGCUUGAAUCUUGAAAAGACGAAUGAACCAAGAAUUUAGGCUUUAUUCAUUUAACAAUGAAGCCGGAAUGGCUUAAACGUAUAAAGGAAAAAAAGCGUGUUAAUAGCGGUAGAGAUAGGAAUAUGAUUAGAUACGUAUUAUAAGAAAAUUUCACAACAUUCACUGCCGAUUGAAAAGGAAUGAGCCAUUAUGCCACGCUUCUCUGGUACGCAAAUUGUAAGGCCGUACACGUUUUUCCAA